AGGUCCCUUUUAUCUUUUCUACCGACCAAAUGCAAGUAUGAAUUAUUCAUGUUCACAUUGCGUAUCUGCAAUAAUUGCUGGAUUAUGAAGAAAUGCGAUAACGAUGGUAUCGAGAUAUAUGAUAAUACUUACAUUCAUCGAGUUUGGGAAGUUCCAACCGGUGAGAAUCGAAUUUUGAAUCGUUCUGAGUAGGUGUUUUUUUUUAUUAAUCGGUCUGAGUAGUAAAUUAAUCAUAUUUAGUAGUUUUUUUUAUUAGUAGUUAUAUAUACAUACUUUGAAUGGAGCCAACCCACGCAAGUCGGUUGAUGCCGGAGAUGGAGAUGAGGGCCAUAGACGACGUCAUAGAAAUGGGCCGCCAACUCACGCCGGCGCUCCCGCCGCUCUCCCACGCGCUCCACGACUCAUUCCUCCACUCUCACUGCUCCGCCUGCUUCUCCCCUCUCCAUCCUCCUCCUCCGCCCUCCCGCGUCCUCUACUGCUCCCAGGCCUGCUCCGCCUCCGACUCUCCCCUCCACACCUCCAGCGCUGAGCUCCAGCUCCUCCUCCACCGCCAAUCCCCUUCUAGCGCCGCGUCUGACGAUGGAGACACCUCCGACGUCCGCGCGGCCCUCCGCCUCCUCGCUGCCUUGAGGGACGCUCCGAGCUGCUGCGGAAGUCAACGGAUUGCUGGCUUGUUGACCAACCGCGACACGCUGCUGGCACCUGAGACAGCAACUAGCGGGAUUUUGGCGACGAUUCAGAGCGGCGCGAAGGCUAUGGCAGCUGCUAGGAGCUCUCAGAAGGGCUCCUCCGAUGUCUCUGAAGACAUGAAAGCGACUACGUUGGAGGAGGCAGCUCUUUGUGCCGUGCUGACAAACGCGGUGGAAGUGCAGGACAGCGAGGGGCGUGGCAUUGGGAUCGCCAUAUAUGGUACGGAUUUCUCGUGGAUCAACCACAGCUGUUCUCCCAAUGCUUGCUACCGAUUUCAGUUCCAAUCGGCAUUGGACACCGGCACUCUUCAGUCUUUGAGGGCGUCGAGGAUGUGGAUUUCGCCUUCUGGCUGUGAUGUUAAAAUGGAUAAUGGUGCCAUUGGAUUCAGUGGGCUCCGAAAAGGAUACGCAGAGUACGGGCCAAGGAUCAUGGUACGGAGCAUAAAGCCAAUUAAGAAAGGAAUGGAAGUGACUAUUGCAUACACCGACUUAUUGCAGCCUAAAGCAGCGAGGCAAUCUGAGUUACGCUCGAAGUAUGAGUUUAUAUGUCAAUGUACAAGAUGUUGUGCGGAGCCUCCAAUAUAUGUGGAUCGAAUUUUACAGAAUUUCCACGCUGUGAGUGGUGACUUUCCCUUGGAAAGAGAUGGCAUCAGCUUCAAUCAAGAUGAGGCAAUCGAAAGGUUGACUGAUGGCAUAAAUGAUGCUGUUGCUGAUUAUCUUUCAGCCGGUGAUGCAGAGUCUUGCUGUUUGAAGCUUGAGGAAUUGCUGACAGUAAGAGUCCUAGAUGAGGGGUUAAAAACAGAUACUAGGAAAAUUGCCCUGAGAAACCAUUGUCUGCAAUUGCAUCCGUUGCAUUAUCUUUCUAUAGAAGCCCACACGAUUCUUGCUUCUGCGUAUAAAGUCCGUGGAAGCCGGCUGGCUCCUCCAUCAACAGGAGUGGAUAGAGUUACAUGGGAAGAUUAUGACCUCACUCGAAUAAGUGCUGCAUACUCUUUGCUGCUUGCUGGGGCUGUCCAUCAUUUAUUUUGCUCUGAAUCUUCUCUAAUAUGUUCUGCUGCCAAUUUUUGGGCAAAUGCUGGGGAGUCCUUACUGAAAUUAGCAAGGAGCUUAGCCUGGGAUGAGAACUAUAAAACCUGCAUGUGCUCCUUAGUUAAUCAAUCAGAAGCCUAUUAUCAUCUCAGUCAUCCAUCAUAUGCGGAUUUUGAGAGAAUUUCCAACCAUUUUCGCAACUGUGUCACUCAUCAUGUGCGAGAAGUCUGGGAUUUCUUAAGACACGGUUGCCCUUACCUUCGAGGUAUCAGAGAUCCCAUUGAUUUCAGCUGGCUCGGGACCAAUUUGGAUUCUUGUUUAGGGAUUGUGAGAAAUGUUUCUCGACAUGAAUUACUGGGACAAACUGCUGAGGGAAGACCAAUGGUUUUUCAGCUUGGAGUUCAUUGUGCAUUGUAUGGGAAUUUCUUGUUGAGUAUAUGCUAUGGUGAGGGCUCUCGUUCGACUUCCCAUAUUCAAGGCAUUCUUCGCAGUGAGGAGACAUUAUAAAUCCCAAGAGAUUAGCUUUGGAGAUUCCUAAACAUGAAAAGCGAAUUAUCAUUGCUUCUGAUGUUUUAUGGUAGAAUGACAUAUCGAGAUGAAUGAAAAUCACUUGACUCGGGGAAAGCAUCCUUUUUGAGGGCCAACAUAUAACGGAAGUUGAUUUAGUAGCAGGUAUUAUAGUUCAUUCUAACAUCACCUUCGGCAUUUUCCGGUAUGGUAUAUUUUCAUGGAGGUUAUGCAUUUGUAGUAAAAGCAUAGUAUGGACAUUCGAUCAUCACAGCACUACAAACGUGAUCAUGCAUGAUGAUGGGGUGGAGCUGGAGUCCCCAGUAUAUCUGUGACCGUCAGAUCUGGAUGAGCGGCGAUGGCUCCGGAGAUAUAAGGGAUCGGCUGGGGCAGGACCACAAAGGUUUUCCCUGUUGGAUAAUAUAGCUUUACCAUAUAACUUUGCGUGGCCUCAUUCAAAGAUCUUACGUUCCAUAUUUCUUGCGCCAUACUCAUCUUUUCAACAGACGGCAUAUGUUCCACGGAAAGCUCCGAGCCGUCGAUUAGAUGUGUGGGUCCCACUAUCUGUGGCAAUGUGAUCUCUUAGACCCCGUUUAAACGAGAGCUCUCCUGUCCUGUAGCCUCCCGAAAGAUGUUCUAUUGACUGGAUUGCUGGGUCUCCAAGUAAUUGUGUGAUCUAGGAUUACUGCCAUUUUUAAUGCCAGAAACGAGAAUGGAGGGAAAAAAGAAUCAUUUUAGACCACAACAUAUAUCCCAAGUCAUGCAUCAGAUCAGACAUUUGUGGGCCCUAACUCCCAGGUGGCAGUUAAGGUAGCUAAUCUCGGCAGCUAUUCACUUAUAAGUACAACUUCCAUGGGACCUCCUCUCCACCAAACGGAUUAAGCAAUUCAUAUUUAGUUUACUCUUGAAAUCUUAAUUCCUCCAGUCUUUUGCAUCUCUUUAUACCGGACUUUUACAAUGGAAGGCGAGAGGAACCACCAUCACCGCCACCACCAGGCCAGUGGAUACGGUUCCGCUGAAGGCAGUCCUAUGGGAAUGGACUCCUAUGGGACUGGCCGCCCUGGGGGGAUGGGAUCCUAUGACAACAAUUCUGCGGGGAUGGGAUCCUAUGACAACAAUUCCAUGGGGAUGGGAUCUUAUGACAACAGUUCCACA